GCAAACAGAUUUCAAACUAAAACGCACCCCGAUUUUUCUCGAGAAUGGAGUUUGCUGUGUACAAAUCAAUAAUUUGAUCAAAUUUUGUUAGAACUAAUGUGUUUUCAGCAAUUUAUUAUGUAUCUAAUGCUGUGCCGAAGAAUCAUUUGAAAAAUAAUUGGUGACGAAGCUUCCAUUACAUUUCCUAGCCAUGGACGAAGCUACGGUCCCUCUCCACCUGGAACCAAUGCAUGCACCAGCGGUUAUGUGUGACAAGCGGCUCUGGAUUGGAAACCUGGAUACGAGAGUUAAUGAGUAUCAAUUACUGAAAAUGGUCCGUGUGUACGGAAACAUUGAGAAGUUCGACAUGCUGUUCCAUCGGAGCGGACCCAAUGCGGGACAGCCGCGGGGUUUCGCAUUUGUCACCUACAAGGUGAGGCAGGAUGCAAUCAAAGCCAUGAACUCUCUCAAUGGCCAGCAGCUGGGAUGUAAAAGGAUCUGUGUCAAAUUUGCCAAAAACACAGGUGAAGACCAGGACAAGCCCAAACCCGAACUAGGCAUUCCUGCAUUAGCAGGAGCGAAACCAGAACUGAAACUUAGUAAGAAAACUGCAAUCCAGUCAAUAGAAGCAAAACUCAAGAUGAUGGAAAAUAUGGAGGCAGGAGAUGACUUUGUAGUGAACAAAUUAGCAGCUCACGAGGCUCCUGUUAUCAAUCAAUAUCAGACCAAACAACAUCAGCCUCCUCAUAAGUCUAUCAGCUCAUUCAGAAGAAGACAUCCAUAUCAUAAGAAGAGAUAAACCAUUACUACAGAAGUUGCGUAAUUAUUAAGUUACAAAUUUUAUUAAAUGGUGUUAUUACUUACUGCUGGGUGAGAUUUUGGAUGUAAUGCAAACCUAUUUUGGAUAAUAAGCAAAUCUUGAUGGGAAUUUCAAUUUCUCUCAAUAUUGGCUAUUCACAUUGAACAGCAUAGGUACAAUGCAACUUAAGUAUAAUCUAUCUAUAUAAAUAGUCCCUUUAUUAUACUUUAUUCUGGGUACAGCUACUUCAUUGUGGGUUAUGGGCUGCUAAACAUUUGUAGCUUAAUGAAUACCCAGCUUAAACAAGAAUAUUUCUGUUAUAACCUAGUUUUUUCUCUUGCAUAUUGAAAUUAAUUAGAAGUCAACUAUAACUCAUUUUUCUGUCUCAUCUUCAUACUUAAUUAAACUGGUAGUUGUAAUUUCUUUAUCACUAUUGAAUCUUAUAUUAAUGAUCAAUUUUUUACAAACAUUAUCUUUAAGUUGUAACAGUAUUAUAUCGAAAUUUUUUUUAACAAAAAAUAGGUUUAUUGUAAUGUAAGUUGAUAAAUUAAUACCAUCAACUGUGUUCAAUUGUGUUGUCAUGCAUGAUACAUUAACUUUUGAGUGAAGUGUGUGUGAUCUUUAGUUAGAAAACGAUGAUAAAAAGUAGGUAAAGUUACCUUAUUGGUAAUUCAUUUGUGGAUAUUAUAAAUGUUAUUUGGAAUUAUUUUUGCUUAGUGUGAGUUGGUCAAAUUCGUAGGUUUAACAGAUAGAUUUACAAUAAAUAAUAAAACAUUGCAAUGCAAUAAA